ACCUAUAUUUUUACAACUUCACAACAACUCUUUCUCUCAUCUCUCCAACCAUUUUCUUCCUUUCUCUCUCGACCGUCAUGGCAGAAUUAGAUCAAGAAGUAAUUGACCCUCCUCCCUUCUUUCUCUGUCCCAUCUCUUUGCAAAUCAUGAAAGACCCCGUCACGAUCGCCUCCGGCAUAACCUACGAUCGUGAAAACAUCGAGAAAUGGUUGUUUUCUGACAAACAUAAGACAUGUCCUGUCUCGAAGGUCGUUUUGUUAGACUUCGAUAUCACUCCCAACCAUACUUUAAGACGAGUCAUUCAAGCUUGGUGCACCGCCAAUGCUACAAGCGGUGUUGAGAGGAUACCGACGCCGAAGCCCCCAGUCGACCGAAAGCAAGUCGUUCGGAUUCUCGCUGAUGCUAAGUUAUCUCCAUUCUCUCAACAGAAUUGUCUUCGUCGUCUUCGAUCUAUUGCUGCGGCGAAUGAAACUAAUAAACGUUGCAUGGAAGCUGCUGGAGUUGUGGAGUUCUUGGCUGGGCUUGUUUGUAGUUCUACAACCAACGUGGAGUCUGGCUUGGAAGAUUACGCGUUUGACGACAUGUCGGCAAAUUUAGGGGAUGAAGCUUUGAGCAUUCUUUACAAACUCCAAAUCUCCGAAUCCUCUCUGAAAUUUCUCCUCUCCAACAAUGGCGGCAUCUUCAUCUCCACCUUAACCAAAAUCUUACAAAAUCGAAGCUACUCCUCUCGAGCAUAUUCAAUAAUGCUUCUCAAUUCAAUGUUCGAAGUUGCAGAUCAGAUUCAAAUCCUCAAUCUCACCACCGAUUUCUUCAUCGAAAUCGUCCAAAUACUUAAAGAUCAGAUCUCCAAACAAGCCUCGAAAUCGGCGUUGAAAUUGCUAAUCGGUGUCUGUUCGAGUAUCAGAAACAGAGUAAAGGCGGUUGAAGCCGGCGCGGUUCCGGUUCUGGUCGAUCUCCUCCUCGAUCUUGAUUCAUCGGAGAAGCGAUUGAACGAGAUGAUUCUUGUGGUGCUUGAUCUGCUCUGUGGCUGCGCUGAUGGCAGAGCGGGGCUGUUGAAUCACGCGGCGGGGAUCGCCGUCGUGUCGAAGAAGAUUCUGAGAGUUUCGUCGCUUGGAAGUGAGAAGGCGGUUGGGAUAUUGUGCUCCGUUGCGAGAUUCUCGGCGAGCCAAAGCGUUCUCCAGGAAAUGGUGCGGCUCGGAGUUGUGACGAAGCUUUGUUUUCUGCUUCAAGUGGUCGGCGCCGGAGUGAAAGCGAAAGAGAAAGCUAAAGAGAUUCUGAAGCUUCAUGGUCGGACAUGGCGGAAUUCUUCUUGUUUGCCUUCGAGUCUGCGAUCAGCUUAUCCACAACAUUAGGUUUUUCUUUCUUUUUUUUUUCUUUGCCACAAAACUUUAUUUCUUUUAAGUGCAUAUAAUAGUAGAGUUGAUUGAAAUUGGAUUGUAUACUUCAAAAGUUUGUACAUAUUCUUUGUGUAAAUAAUUGGUUGAUAAUUAAAGUA